AUGUCUGCUGAGCAAGAAUCAAGAAUCACUGAAGAAACUCAAUUCGGCGGGAACCUCGACGCCGCUGGUUCUGCUUCAGGCGCUGCAAAUCUAGGAGCAUCGGCCUCAUCUAAAAGGUCGGAAGAGAGGCGAAAGCCGAAAAAGUUGGGCCAGAAGGGUCAAGCGAACGGCAUACCACAAAAAGAAGACGUCGAAAGAGAAGUUGACGGCGGCACUGAAGAGCUUUCCGCACCGCAACCGAAAAUGGAACAACAAUCCCAUUCGAAGCUACGACAAGCCAGCCGUGGCCGCGGCCGCGGUCGUGAAUCCAGUGAGCCGCCCAGCGAUACCGACAGUGCAUACCGAAGCGACGUAUCCCAGAAGGGCGGAAGGAGGAACAGAAACCGCAAUCGCGGCAAGGCCCAAGCACAACCGCAAGCUGAAGUGCAAGAAAAGAACAGAGGUCUCCUCGGCGGCGGUGGGAGUGGUCCCCUCAAUGCUGUCGACGAGGCCGGCGAGACGGUCAACGACGUCGUCGAUGGCGCCGGAGACCUGGUGAACAACACCGUCGGCAGGACCUUGAGCAAGCCCCAUGAAGCCGUCGGAGGCCUGGUGAGGAGCAAACCCAAGGAAGGAGAAGGUGAGCAAGACGAGAAAGACGAUGAGCAACUGAGAUUACGACUCGACUUGAACCUGGAUGUCGAAGUCCAACUCAAGGCGAAGAUUCAUGGUGACUUAACCCUUGGUCUAUUUGCUUGA